UGUAUAAUAAAAGAGGCUGAAUUCGAGGCUUCUGUUGGACUAGAAUACAUUGGCCAAUGCAUCUGAUCCUCCGUGUUGCCCCUGGAUACUACGUAUGUGCUGCGUAAGCCGUCCCGAAUCCAAGGAUAUCUGAUUAUAUAGGUAAAUGGAGAUAUCUGUUCCAAGCGAAGAGCACGACUUGGACUUUGACCUAGCGGACAUGUUGACCAGCCACCAGCCUAUGAAGCUAUGGAGUCUUCUCUAUAUACAUUUAUCUCGAGCGUAGCGAGACAGCAAGCAGCCGAAGGUCCAGGGAAACCUUCCGGAGAAGUUACCAAUUCUUACCCCUAUUCGUCCCUUCAACAUGGCGGCUUUUUUAUUUUAUUCUUUUUCCCUGCAAUCGCAUUCAUAGUCGUUGGUCUCAGGAUAUAUGGAAGGCUCAGAAGCAGGCAGUUUGGGUGGGACGAUGCUCUGGUGUGCAUCGCAAUGAUGUUCUCGAUCGCCGAAACGGGAUGUUCUUAUAUGGCCAUGCGUACGGCAUAUCUAGGUGUUCACGUGUACGAUAUACCGAUAACGGCCAACAUAAGCCUCGGAAUGUAUUGGAACUAUAUUAUCCAGAUCAUCUAUAACCCAAUACUCGCUCUAGUCAAGUGCUCCGUCUUGACAUUCCUUCUACGAAUAGGGGGUCAGAGGCGGAAGAUAAGAUAUUCGAUACACGCCCUCAACGUAUUCAACAUCGGGCUCAUGAUCGCCAUAUUUGUGACCGUGAUUUUCCAGUGUUCGCCAAUUCCUUUUUUCUGGGAACGCAUCACCAAUCCAACUCUUCAGGGAGGAUGUAUAAAUACUGGGAUAUUCUAUGUGACGACUGCGGCAUUGACCAUCUUCACUGACGUUCUGGUCCUUGCUCUUCCGUUCUGGAUUUUCAUGGGAUUGAAGAUGGCUCCUAAGGUGAAGUUUGCUAUAAUGGUCGUGUUUCUCCUAGGAGCAGUCGUUACUAUCGUCAGCAUUCUUCGGAUGCUAUGGAUUAUUGAGACUUCUCUCCACCCGAUGAAAUACGAUUACUCGUAUGAUAUCAGGUUCACAUACUCCGCCGUCGAAACAAACCUGGCAAUAAUCACGGCCUCAGGACCAGCAUUAAGACCAUUGUUCAUGAUUUGGUUCCCUCGUUUCUUCUCAUCACUUCGCGGGACCACGAAUAACAACUACCGUUACCAAGAUGGACGAUAUGCAGGCGAUACAGGAAAUGCUAAUAAGUCUGGCACGAAUGGCAACAGCUCAAAGGGAGAACACCUCUAUGGUACGUCAUCUUUUGCUCUGAGAGAUAUGAAGAGGCGGACAGAGAUAAGGGGUCACUCGCCGACAACCAGCGAAGAGGAGAUUAUGACAUACAACGGCAUUGUACGGACGACAGAAGUCGAGAUUCAGUUUGGCGUCAGGCCACCAUCGUCUCCUCGCCAGCAAUGAAAAACCAAUAACAUAUCAACAGGUAAUUAAUGUAAUAUCAAAAGGGGGGAGUAGAUAGGUUGGCACCUAUCAAGGUAUCAAGGUCACGGGCCGGCUAACUCAUUUCGCUGUAAAUAAUAUAUCAAUUUGAUACCC